AUGCCAACCCCAGUGGCGGUUGCCCCAGCCCACACAGGCAGCAUCUCAGUCCUGGCUCUGUCUCCUCAUCAGCAGGUUGGCCCAGGAGGUGCCCGCUCCGACCUGGCAGUCUCGGCCCUCACCCGGGGGCUGUCCCGAGGGGACUCCCGCCGGCGCCUGGGACGGGACCGGCCGCCCCGCCCUCUCGGCUCCUCCGCGGCUCUGCGGGCAGGCGGACGCCCACCGCGCAGGGAGCCGAGCCGAGCAGACAGCAGCGCGGCCGGCCGCGCUCCCCGUGCCUACCGCGCCUCCACGCCCGGCGCCGCGCAGCCUCCCGCCGGCUGUACGCUCCAGGCCUCAAUGAGGAGCCCAAACAUGGAGACAUUCAAGCAGCAGAAGGUGGAGGACUUCUAUGACAUCGGGGAGGAGCUGGGGAGCGGCCAGUUCGCCAUCGUGAAGAAGUGUCGAGAGAAGAGCACGGGGCUGGAGUACGCAGCCAAGUUCAUCAAGAAGCGGCAGAGACAGGCCAGCCGGCGGGGUGUGUGCCGGGAGGAGAUCGAGCGGGAGGUGAGCAUCCUGCGGCAGGUGCUGCAUCCCAACGUCAUCACGCUGCACGACGUCUUCGAGAACCGCACCGACGUGGUGCUCAUCCUCGAGCUAGUGUCCGGAGGAGAGCUCUUCGACUUCCUGGCCCAGAAGGAGUCCCUGAGUGAGGAGGAGGCCACCAGCUUCAUUAAGCAGAUCCUGGAAGGGGUGAACUACCUUCAUGCCAAGAAAAUUGCUCACUUUGAUCUCAAGCCAGAAAACAUUAUGUUGUUGGACAAGAAUAUUCCCAUUCCACACAUCAAGCUGAUUGACUUUGGCCUGGCUCAUGAAAUAGAAGAUGGAGUUGAAUUUAAGAACAUUUUUGGGACGCCAGAAUUUGUUGCUCCAGAAAUUGUGAACUAUGAGCCCCUGGGCCUGGAGGCUGACAUGUGGAGCAUCGGCGUCAUCACCUACAUCCUCCUCAGUGGAGCAUCCCCUUUUCUGGGAGACACGAAGCAGGACACACUGGCAAAUAUCACAGCAGUGAGUUACAACUUUGAUGAGGAGUUCUUCAGCCAGACCAGCGAGCUGGCCAAGGACUUCAUUCGGAAGCUUCUGGUUAAAGAGACCCGGAAACGGCUCACGAUCCAAGAGGCUCUCAGACACCCCUGGAUCACGUCCAAAGGAGUGAUCAGAACCCCUGAACAGCGCAAGGCAGAGCCCGCCCAGCUGAAGACUGAGCGCCUGAGAGAGUACACCCUCAAAUGCCACUCAAGCAUGCCCCCCGACAACACCUAUGUCAACUUCGAGCGUUUUGCCUGUGUGGUUGAGGACGUGGCUCGGAUGGACCAGGGAUGCCGGGCCCUGGCGGGGGCCCGUGACACCAUCCAGGACGAUGUGGAGACCUUGGUCUCCAUCUACAAUGAGAAGGAGGCUUGGUACCAGGAGGAGAGUGAGAGAGCCCAGCAUGACCUGUCCCAGCUCAGGUACGAGUUCCGCAAAGUACAGUCCUCGAAGAAGCUCCUGCGAGAGGACAUCCGGGCCACGGGGUCCCGCCUCAGGAGCACAGCCAGGAAACUGGACCAUCUGCAGGCGCAGUUUGAAGCCCUGGGGCAGGAGCUCUUGGCAGACUUACAGUGGCUGCAGGAACUGGUGGGCGGCUUCCAGCUGGAGAGUGGGAGCGUGGACAGCCCCAGCUCCGUGUGUUGCCAGGACUCCAGUGAGUGCCUAGGGGAGCUGCUCAACAGAUCAUGCAGUGAGGAAGUCUAGGCCAGCUUGAAGCUCUGAGCACCAGAAUCGAGUCAGUAAUGCAUCCUGGAUGGUUUGCUGAAGCCUGUUCCCAACUGCCCUGCCGGGGCAUCGACUAGAAUUCUCCUGCAGGGGUGUGUGUCUGUAGCAUAGCCUUCCACCCCCUUCCCACAAUCCAGAAUCGUGGAGGGGCUAGCUAGUUAUCCGUUCUGUACCUCCUCUCACCAGGCUGGUUUUCUGGGAGGGUGGCUGGCAAGGCAGCUAAGCUGUUAAAACGAUUGAGGAUGAACACCCCUCAGUGUACCCUCCUACAGAGGGAGGAUGGCUGGCCCUGGAGAGAUACUUGAUAACUGAUUUGUGAUAAUGGAUUUGUUCACAUCUCACUUCCCGCCUUAUAGAUUGCAGGUCUUGGGUAACAUUCUAGUUAACUAGGGAUAAUAGUCAGUUGGCUUGGUGCUUUCCUGCUGCUGAAGGAGGGAUUCUGAAUGCACAGAGAAAAGAUUACUUUUCAUUUAUAUUGACUUUUCACCUACCAAGCAUUUAUGGCUUUGAUCCUUAAAGGAACCUGUGAGACAGGAAGAUAGGUGGUAUUAUCAUUGUUGUUACUGUCAUUUCCAUGUAACUGAAGAGGAAAUUGACCUCGAGAGGGAAAAUGACUUAGGUUCAUUCAUAGCUAGUUGAUACAGAUGAAACAGAAACCCAGGAUGCCCGACUCUAAGAUGAAGUAUAUGGGAAGAAAUAGGCUUUACUGUAAAAAUCCACGUUAAUAUUAAAGUUCAGAUCCCAGAGGUAAAGUAAGCACUUUCAUGUAUUUUGCCAAGUCAGGUGGAAGUCUUAUACCUUCAGGCAAUUGUCCUAAGAAGUGUGUCCUAGAAGGCGCGCAGUUUAUCGUUCCCAUCCAGCUGUGUCCCUGUCUGAAGAUCACCUGCAGAAUAGGAGGGAAGGGGCAGCAUCUCGCCCUUCUCCACUUCCCGCCUCUGGCUAAGGGCUCCAAUCUCGUGUUGGGAAUGAAGGCCAGAAAGGACUCAACAAGCAGGUUCCUUUUCUCAUGUCCCUAAGGUCUGAAGAGGGUGGACAUUAAGAUUGGGGAGCCCAAGGCUCAGUGCUCCCUUCCUGACCUCAAGCCAUGCGCACCCCUCCCUGAGGACUGGAUCAUCUUGUCUCCCUUUUCCCGGAGGAGGGGCCAGCCAACUAGCUCACAGAGAAAGAGUGUGGAGUGUGGGCCCAGUGCUGUGCUAGAAGCUUGGGGGUGAGGGAACAGAUCGUAUCAUUUCAAAGUGCCUUCACAGACUCACAAAACCCCCCUGUCAGAUAGGUGGGGUAGGUGUUAUUCCCAAUUUGGAGCUGAGGAAACAGAGAGGAUGGGAUUUGCCCAAGGUCACAAUAGUGGCAAAAGUGGAGACCUUCUGAUGAUGUCUGUUGCUUCUUCUGCUUCCCCUAACUGCCCUAGUCUCCAAGAGUUUACUCUCUGCUGUGGGGCAGGUCACACCUAGACACAUCCAUCUAUGCACUCACAAAGAAUUUUUAAGCACCUAUCUACUGCCAGGCAUUCAGCCUGGCCCCAGGGAUACAAUGUUGAGUGAAAACAGGCAUGUUUCCUGCCUUCACGAAAUUUGCAGUCCAGUAACGAUUCCAACAUUCAUCAAGAACAUUCUACAAAGGUAGAACUGCAGCUGGGACCUAUGCAAUGAAAGAGAAGGAUGCAGCACUGCAGGAGCCUGCAGUGGGGGAUGAUCUAGGCAGGGAAGGCAUCCCUGAGGUGGUGAUGCUGGAGCUGAGAUCAGCUAAGCAAACCAGGGAGAAGGUAGUGCUCCCACAGAGCUGUCAUGCCAGGGCUCUGUGCUGGGAGGGGGCCUGGGAGCUGAAAUUGCUCAGACAGAAAGAAAGCUGGAGGGGAGAGAAUAGAGUAUGGUGUGGAUGUGGCUGGAGAGAAGACAGGACCAGCAGGGCUUUGCCGUAUUAAAGAGCUCUGCCUUCAUCCCAAGAGUCAUGGGGAGCCGUGAUGGGUGCCAGGCAAUCAACGGCCUGACGUGCUGGCGGGGGCAGGGAUGCCCAGUGAGCAGCACAGAUGGGGAGUGGUUUAGGAUGAGGCAUGAGGUUGUGAUCCCAUGAAACCAUUUCUUUAAAAUCCUACCUCUAAUUCUAUUUGCAUGCUGGAUCACUUCAAAUAUCAUAUAUAAUAUUUGUAACAAAAACUUUUUUCAUCAACUGUAAGAAAGCAUAUUUUCAUCAAAUGUAAAUGCAUCAUUAUUUUAUGACCCCAAAAUAAAGAAAAAAAAAGCCCAAGACGGGAAGUUCAAUAGGAGACUCCACAUACAAAGCUGGGACACCCUCACGGAAAGGGUAGAUGGGAAAUAAAGCCACCAGGCAGGAAGGGGAGGCAAGGGAACGUGUGUCUCUCAACCUUGACACUGGGUAGAGGGAUGGAAAAAUCCUCCACUGAGAAUAGGAGUCCCAGGUCCGUGGUACUCGUGCAGGUUUGCUUUCUGCAUUUGCACAAUCAGUGGGAUCCAAAAGAACCUCAAAACAAGUGAAUAAACAAAACAACAACAACAACAACAAAACAAAAACAAAAGAACCUCGAGCAGAGAAUCUAACGUCAAACGGUUUGAGGCUGGGUGGCCCCGAUGGCUGGCAGAAUCAGUGUGGUCAUCUUCCGGAACACCUGCCUUCACUUCAGACCGACAGUAAGGAUAUGAUGCCAUUGUUUGGGAGUUAAGUCCUGAUUUCAGAGAUCCAAAAAUGUGCAUCUUGGAAUCAAUGGAAGAUGGCAAAGCCCUGUUCCCUAAACCCUGUCUGGAAGAACUGAUACAAAAGACCCAUCUACGAGCUCUCCAAGAACUUUCCUGCCCUGUUACAGGACAUGAUGUACCCAUUUGGCAUAAGGCACUGCAAAGAUUAAAGGUCCCUUUGGCCAAGUCAACAGGUUUCCUAAGGAAAUGAAGCCCCUGAUUGAGCAACUCAGGGCAAACUUUCUUGUGAAGGUCGAAAUAAAAUUCAAUGAAGUAGAAA